AUGGAGUCUUCUCACCAAACCCGAGCUGCUCUUGCCAUCUUGGCUGUAGCAUGCCUUCCUCUCUUUGUCACACCUCAAACCAUCACAGCUUUUGAUCAUUCAGACGGCGUCUCGCCUUAUGGCAGCGGAUUCGCACCCGAUGUCGUCUCCAUUGACUUUGAUAACGCUACCUUCCCGAAUGGUCAGGUGCCAGGCCUCGACCGCAGAGCUGCGCAGGACUUCUACUUGCGAAUCAUGUCGCUUGGCGCUUCCAUCACCCAGGGCCAAGAGUCCUCUGACGGGAAUGGCUACCGCAAGUGGCUUCGUUCGCAGCUUCGAUGGAAGGGUUGGAAAGCCAACAUGGUGGGCUCAAAGCACCAUGGCACCAUGGCAGAUGAUAAUAAUGAAGGUCACCCAGGUUGGACCGUUGGUACGGUUCAUGGCGCUUUUACAGAGUCCAAAUCGAUGAUGCCAAACCUGGUACUCAUUAAUGCUGGCUUAAACGAUUACAACAACAACAUGGAGGACGGCGCGGCAGAACGGCUCAAGAACAUGACGGACGACAUCUUCAACAGUAUCCCGGGAGUGACAGUCAUUCUAUCGACACUCCUGCCGAACAAGGAUCAAAAUCCUUGUACCGAUAGAAUCAGCCAGCAGAUACGCCAGCUCGUGGAAAGCUAUCGAGGAUCGCGCAUUGGACUGGCCGAUAUCCGCCCCCUUUUGUCGUUGACCGAUCUAGUUGAUGGCACGCACCCCGACGAUGGAGGCUAUAAGGUGUUUGCCGGCGUCUGUUGGGAUGCCAUGAGCAAGCUGGAGGAUAAAAUCCUGCCCCCUGUUGCCGUGCCCGGCGUCGACGACGGGGCCAGUUCGUCCAACAAGUGCAAGAAGGUCGCCGGCAACUCUGGCCCACCUGUGCAGUCCCAGCUGGGCAGCGGCCACGACGAUGGCAACUAUGUUCAUUCAAGCAUCGAACAUGGCGUCCUCACGUCGGCGCGCAUCAACAAAGGCAACGACCCGAAGUCUCUAACAGACGCCUAUCCCUGGCACAUCUUCUUCGCGAACCUGGUCGUGGGCGAUCCGAACGCCGACCAUGAUUUCUUUUGUCUCAAAGGAUCUUCUGUGUGGGUAUCGCUCAACCGAGGAGGGACCCCUCCGAAAUUCGAGAGCAUCGGCCAGAUGAACCUCGAUGGGUAUACCGCAUUCGACGUUCGUAUUGCAGAUAUCGACGGCGAUGGAAGGGCUGAUUUCUGCCUUCUCCAAACUGACGGCACAUUCAUCUGCUCGCGCAACAGUGGUCAAAGUAACAGUCCUCAGUGGCAAGGCUUCAGCACCCUGUCUGGCACACGCGGCACCGUCUUCACCCAGAAUAAAGCAGACAAGAGUGGUAUUGUACUCGGUGUGGGCAGUGGCAUAAUUCCCGCAUGGAAGUCUGCCGGCCUGACGCACGAGGGCCAGCAAGAGACUGGCAUACAGGAGCGCGUCAAGUUUGGACGUAUUUUCGGGUCUGGUCGCCGCGACUACAUCUUCCUGAAAGAGCAAGAUGAUUAUUAUUACGUUAUGGUCUGGGAGAACACGGGUAGUGGAGGAACCAAGCUCAAAGCCGAUGGAAACUUCUACUGCGACAUGCUCAACUCGGGUGCGGACGACUACGUAUGGAUUUACCAAGACGGCCAUGUCGCCGAAAUCAACGUCAACCUCCGAUUGCCACCACUCUGGGGCCGCGAUCUCAAUAUAAUUCUAACUGUACCGGGACCUCGUGUCGGAAUCCAUCUAGCUGACUGGAACGGUGACGGAAAGUGCGACGUCCUGGUGCAGAACAAGGCGACCGGCGCCUUGACACUAUACCAAAACAAUUAUAGCCCGGGAGCCGCUACGAUUACAUUUGGAGCCCCUAUUAUUGUCACGGCAGCUACAUGCGACCAGGGCUGGGGCGUCGGGACAGACGAUCGUGAGAUGAGGGUCGCCGAUAUCGACGGCGACGGACGAGCGGACGUCCUGUGCAUCGAAACGAACGGGUGUGUCACUGCCUGGCUUAAUUUAGCCAGUGGCUUGGUCAAUAUUGGCCAAGUCAAAUUUUCAGAGGGAUGGGACCGGGCCAACAUGCGACUCGCUGAUGUCGAAGCGUCCGGACGUGCUGAUCUCCUGCAUGUCGACAAGUACACCGGAGCCGUCACGGUAUUUAAGAAUAACGGGCGUUCCUCGAGUGGAAGCAGUUCGUUUUCAUGGACGAACCGCGGAAAGCUGUACAAUCCCAUCAAUCAUGGAGAAACCAUGAUCUUUAUAAACCAAGGUGGCCUAUAUCGAGCUGACCUGGUACAUGUUGACCCUGUGACUAACAAGGUAAGUUACGUCUUGAACGACCAUGACGUCUUGACUCGCUCGACUAACAAUGUGUGA